GCCCUUGUUUUGCUCAUCGGCGGCCUUUGAGCGAGCCUUUAAAACGGGCCAGUCGACUCCGUUUUCACGAUCAGGAUAUGAAGCCGGGGGUUUUCGCUCGGGUCUCACUUAACAGCUCCAGCAAGGUGGGAAUGUCUUCUAACUGUAUCACAUGCGUGAUCGGCUCCAAGGAGAGUCCAGAUGCGCAAAGAAAGGGCCACGUUGAGGAAGGGCAGGGAUCAGAGUCAAAAUUGGCAGAUGAGCAGGAAAAAAACAAUUGUUCAACCAAGAAAAGGGCUAAGCCGAAGCCUGCAGCACAUCGCCAGCCGCAAGCUUCUCCCCCAAGCUCACAGUCACUUCCUCACUCAAAGGAGGCCCAGUUUUGCUACUCAUCCCAGGCGUUCCUACGACCCAAGCCGUUCCCCAGAUCCAAAGCAAGGCAAACGCUGGCAGCCCAGCACAUCCAAUCUCUGCCUGACGCAACACAGAGGAACGCCCUGUCUUGCAACAUUCCCCGUAGACGUUUUCCCAACACUGUCACACCGGCGCAGAGCCUCACACCAGAUUGUCGGAGCAACCUCCGUUGGCACCAGGCGACGGUACCCAAAUAUGGCACCGUGUGUGGUCCCGCCUUCAUCUCAUUCGCAAGCAGUGACGGGAGUCCGAGACUCUCACUCAGUGAUGACAGCAGUAGCUGUGACAGCUUUGGCAGCCUGAGCAGCUUCGACUCCCUCCCGGUGCGGCCUCGAAGUGCUGUCCUCGACAGCCGCAAGAGGGCGGUAGGCACUCUUCAACGUGAGAUGAAUGCCCUGUUUGCCCAGAAAAUGGAGGAGUUGCGUCAUAAAUCGCCCCUCUUCUUGGCUGAUAACACAAACGGUGAGUUUUGAAUUCAUUGGGGAGUCUUCCUUUCGCUUUCAUUUAUUUUUUCAGAAAGAUUUUUGAGAGGCAUUUUAGGCAGGGAUGACAUGUUUUGGGGUUCUAUUUUUCCAUAUUGCUUAUCAGGUUUGAAUCAUUGUUAAUUAUAUUUUUAGAUUGUGGAGAUCAAUCUAUGACCUUUGUUAUUUAAUGCGUUUCUCUGGAAGCUGUUCCUGAGCCCCACCCCGCCCAUCUCCUUUUCUUUCCAGUUUUUGCUGAACUCCUUUUUCCUGUUUUUCCCUUUGCACGCUCUCUC